AUUCACAUCCGGGUGAUGUUUACCGCAAGAGGGAAGAGCAUCCUGGUUCUGCUAACGAACCGCUGCUAAAUGUACCUCCACCACCCAUCCGAGGAAAUUAAUAUAUCACCGAAACUGCUGAUAUACACACAUAUUAUCACUGUCCUCAAACCUGGACCUGCUGCACCAGCUGCACGGAGAGCAACGCACGGCUAACGAGGUGCUAACGAGCUAACGUUCAUGUCGGGCGGACUUCCUGUGAGCUCGGAUAUUUCUACGACGAGCUGGCGGCUCUUCAUCCCAUCCUGCCUAACAUCUUGCUCAGGGGCUUCACACACUCGGUCAUCGUAGCUCUGUCAGUCUGCACCACCGCUGCAUCACACCGGCCUGACGCCUUUCCUCAGAGGGCGCAAGCAGCCAAAGCCGAUGGUAAGCAAAGCACAGAGACCUUCUUAGAGCCACAAAUUCUGGAGAGUCGCUGCGCUGCCUUCCAGUAUCGAGCCACGAAGCAUUCAGAGGGAGGUAAAGGUCCUCGACACGGAGCCGCGAAGCUAGCUAUGCCCGGAUCCACGCCGGCCAGCAGCAAGGCUCGGGUGUACACCGAUGUCAACACACAGAAGAACAGAGAGUAUUGGGACUAUGACGCGCAUGUGCCAAACUGGAGCAAUCAAGACAACUAUCAGUUGGUGCGUAAACUGGGUCGAGGGAAGUACAGUGAAGUGUUCGAGGCCAUAAAUGUGACCAACAAUGAAAAAGUUGUGGUGAAAAUCCUCAAGCCCGUCAAGAAGAAGAAGAUCAAACGUGAAAUCAAAAUUCUUGAAAACUUGCGUGGAGGAACCAACAUCAUCCGCCUGGUGGACACGGUCAAAGACCCGGUGUCCAGAACACCAGCGCUUGUCUUUGAGUGCAUCAAUAACACAGAUUUUAAGGAGCUUUACCAGAAGCUGACUGACUAUGAUAUCCGUUUCUACAUGUAUGAGCUGCUCAAGGCUCUGGACUACUGCCACAGUAUGGGGAUCAUGCACCGGGACGUGAAGCCCCACAAUGUGAUGAUCGACCACCAGAUGAGAAAGCUGCGUCUUAUAGAUUGGGGUUUGGCAGAAUUUUACCAUCCCGCUCAGGAAUACAACGUCAGGGUGGCCUCGCGCUAUUUCAAAGGCCCUGAGCUGCUAGUGGACUAUCAGAUGUAUGACUAUAGUUUGGACAUGUGGAGUCUAGGCUGCAUGUUGGCCAGCAUGAUCUUUCUGAAGGAACCGUUUUUCCACGGCCAGGACAACUACGACCAGCUGGUCCGCAUUGCUAAAGUUCUGGGCACCGAUGAGCUCUUUGGUUACCUGCACAAAUAUCACAUAGAACUGGACACUCGCUUCAAAGACCUGCUGGGACAACAAACGAGGAAGCGUUGGGAGCAGUUCAUCCAGUCGGAGAACCAGCACCUGGUGAGUCCGGAGGCUCUGGACCUGCUGGACAAGCUGCUGCGCUACGACCACCAGCAGAGGCUGACCGCUGCCGAGGCCAUGCAGCACCCAUACUUCUAUCCUGUGGUGAAGGAACAGGCAAAUGCCAACACAGACGGCACAAAGGCCAUAAGCAGCUCCAAUGCAACAUGAUAACCAGAGAGCAGGUAAUCCACGCAUGAAGAAUCUUCGUUACCUCAACUUGUGACCUUUUCGUGGCAGAAACCUCUGCCUCCACAUCAACAGCCAUACUGGAGCAAGAUGUCAAUUUUGCAGCAUACACAAAACACGCACGGAUUAAACUUUCUCCUAACAAAGUCCAGGGGGGGAGGGGGGGGUCUGAGCUGCUUGGUCCGAGUCACAGAUAAAUCAGGUCUGAAAUCAGAUCCAAACCCCCCCCUCCUCCUCAACCCUCCUCCUACUCCUGCCUCCCAACACCCCCAACCCGUUUUUAAAAUGAGCAAAGUGACUGUUGUUGGAUCAGUAUCAAGCCAGUGUUGUGCCGUAAGACGUUUGUCCGUCAUUACGAUGCUGUGGUGACCUGAGAUCCAGUUUUAGCACUGAGUGGCAUGGAGGCUCUUUUCUGCUACGGAUAGAACAAAAGCUAUAUUGAAAGAGAAUAAACCAUUUUUAUUUAAAGA